AUGUUGCCCACCAUUGAACAACUCAACACUGCUUCCAACGAGGCCUUCAUUGAAGCCGUUAACACUCUCUUUGAGACUGCUCCUCCUCUUGCAUCCCGCUUGUUGGCUGCUCGCCCCUACAAGUCCUAUAUUGAACUUAUCGACUUUGCUCAAAACUUGUGCCUUGGCAACGAGUUGACCAAUGAAGAAAAGCUCGAAGUCAUCAACGCCCAUCCUCGUAUUGGUGCCAGCAAGGCUAACCUUUCUGCCAUGUCGCUCAAGGAACAAGGUUACAAUGAUCGCCAAAACGCCUUGUCCAAGGAAGAUGAGGAGAUCAACGCCACUUUGGCUCGUUUGAAUGAGGAAUACGAGAAGAAGUAUGGCUUCAAGUUUGUUGUGUUUGUCGCUGGCCGACCUCGCAAGGAAAUCAUUCCUGUGAUCCAGGAACGUCUUGCUUCCAACAACCGAGAAAAGGAGCUCAUCACUGGCAUGACUGAUAUGAUGUUGAUCGCCAAGGACCGCCUCAACAAGGCUAAAAUUUAG